AGCGACGUAUGGAUGACGUCACUUACAAGCGCCACAACCUUCAUUUCUAAUAUAUAAUUUUCUCUUUACAGUGCGGUAGAUAAUUGUAUUUUUAUACUAGAAAUGCAGACAGCCGGGAAGUGUGCUGCGAGACUUGACCUCAGUCGUAUUUUUUGUCCGACAAGCGUAUGGAACUGUCGUGCAGUAAACAGAGUAAAUGCCUUAGUGUCAUGCAGAAGAUACAGCAUCCUUCCUCCCCCUCAUGAUGAAGAGGAGAAAGCCAUGCUGGACAGUAUGUUGAGGGUUGACCACGCAGGAGAAUACGGCGCCAAUCGCAUCUAUGCUGGCCAGAUGGCAGUUCUCGGAAGAACUCAGACAGGGCCACUAAUUCAGCAUAUGUGGGACCAAGAGAAAAUACAUUUGGAAAAGUUUAAUGAGAUUCUUGGAGAGCAUCGGGUUCGACCGACGCUAUUGUUGCCGCUGUGGAAUAUCGCUGGAUUUGCAUUAGGAGCUUGUACGGCUCUUCUGGGUAAGGAAGGAGCCAUGGCCUGUACUGUGGCUGUUGAGGAAAGCAUCUCGGAGCACUACAACAGCCAAAUCCGAACACUAAUGGAGGCUGAUCCAGACAGAUACACAGAGUUACUACAGAUCAUUAAAGAAUUUCGUGAUGACGAAAUAGAGCAUCAUGACACAGGAUUGGAGCAUGAUGCUGAGUCGGUACCAGGAUAUAUGCUUUUGAAAACAGCAAUACAGGCUGGCUGCAAAGCUGCUAUCUAUAUUUCUCAGCGUAUUUAGAGUCAUUUUAACAAUGCAUGGCUUGUAAAUAUUGUUUUUUUGUCAUUCAUGUACAGUAAUGUGACAUGUAAGGAGACCACAUUUGUCACAUCUUCAGUUUACCUGCUUCUUGUGAACUUUUUGGACAAUUAAAUAUACAAACUUAAAAUGGAUUUGUAUUUCAAAACUGUGUAUUUUCCCCAAUUAAAUGUGUUCACAAAGUCA